CAAUGUCGAAGGAAGAGGAUCAAAGUGAAGUAGAGGAUCAUAUAUUAAAAAGAUUUGAUUUGUAAGAAUAUAAAGGAAAGGGAGCUUAUGGGAUUGUAUGGAAGGCGUACGAUACAAAAACCAAAUAAAUUGUUGCAUUGAAAAAAGUUUUAUUUUCAAAAUAAGCUAGGUGUUUGAUGCUUUUCAAAAUUCUACAGAUGCGUAGAGAACUUACAGGGAAGUUAUAUUUUUGAAAUAAUUAAAUACUCAUGAGAACAUAGUAAAAUUAAUAUCUGUCAUAAGGGCAGAUAACAACAAAGUCUUAUACAUGGUUUUUGAGUAUAUGGAAACAGAUUUGCAUCGAGUAAUUGUUUUUUAAUAUUACAAAAUAGGUUAUCAGAGCAGAAUUGUUAAAUAAUAUGCAUAUCCAAUAUGUGAUGUAUUAAAUUCUGAAAAGUCUCAAAUACAUUCAUUCUGGAUAGUUAGAUUUGAAGCCAGCGAACAUUUUGAUAAAUGCAGAUUGCCAUAUCAAAGUGGCUGAUUUUGGAUUAUCAAGGUGUCUAUCUGAGACAGAAAAUAAUCAUGGUAAAUAAUUUUUAUAUUUUUAGAAAUGCCUUUUAUGACAGAAUAUGUAGCAACUAGAUGGUAUAGAGCCCCUGAAAUACUAUUUGGAUCUAAUUAUUAUUCUACUGCUGUCGAUAUGUGGAGUGUCGGUUGCAUUUUAGGAGAAAUGAUACUUGGUAAAGCAUGCUUUGCAGGUAUGAAUACUAUUAUCAAAAGGAACUUCAACUUUGGAUUAAAUUGACAAAAUUAUUUAAUUGAUUGGAAAACCUACUAUAUCUGAAUUGGAAUCAAUCAAUGCUCCUAUGGGUUAUCAAAUUAUUGAGUAAAUUGAAAGCAAAAAGCAAUUCAGUUACCCAAAAUUUUUUCCAAAGGCCAAUGAUCUCCAAAUUGAUUUUUUAAAGUAAAAAUUAUAGAAUAAUUAGAAAUUGUUAGUUUACAAUCCAAAAAAUAGACUGACAGCUGAAUUGGCUUUAGAUCAUCCAUAUCUAAAAGAUUUCAAACAAACAGAAUAAGAAAUAAUAUUAGAUUAAUACAUUACUAUUCCAUUUAAUGAUAACAAAAAACUUAAGCUAUAAGAUUAUAGAGAUGCCCUAUAUAAGGGAAUCAUAACUAAAAAGUCUAAAAAUUUAAUUAGCACUAAUUUUUCUAGUUAUUAAACUUAUAAAUAGAGUAAAAAUGAACCCAAUUCUAAUACUAUUGUAGUUAAAUCUGAUACUGAGCAAUAUAUAUACAAAUAACCAGUUAAUUAGCAAUAAUAAGUCAGAUGUAAAUCUAGAUUAGAUUAACGAAGUGAAUCAGUUUCUAAAAAAAUUGCCUAAACCUAAUAUUUCAACACUUAAGAUAUUAUAAGAAUUUAAAGGCAAACUGACAUCAGCGAUAUUUACGGGUAUCUAAUCCUAAAUAUAUAAAUAGAUAACCUCAUUCGAUCUAAUAAAAUUCUAAGCCUAAGUUAGGUGUUAAGAAAUCGAAAACUCCAGAUCUCAAAAAUUAUUAAAUGGUUCACUCAAGAAGUCUAUCUUAGAAUAAAAACAUUUCUGUUUCAAGAAGCAGUAGCAAGGCUAAAACACGAGGUAGCCCAUAUCACUCUGAAGGAAAGGUCUUAAUCAGUCAACCAGAUAUGAAUGGCUCUUUCUCAAAGAGUUUCUAUAAUUUUAAUAAUUUGAGUAAAUAUUAUUCAUAUUUUCAUAGUCAACUCUAAUUAACCUUUGUAUGCAAAAAUUUUAUCUAAGCAUUAAAAUUUUGUUAAAUUCAAUUAAAAAAAAUUACGCUCUGAAUCAUUAAAGAAAUGA